GCCUAUAUUUAGACUCAGACCCAUGUUCACGAGUCUCGAAAGUCGAGUCAAGUCUGAAGUCACUCAGUCUUUUCACUAGUGCGCCUGGAUUCCCUAUCUCUGGUGCGCACCAGAAAACGAAAGUAAAACAGUAUUCCCUCUGUAAACAACCACUGACCUUCAAGAGAACUGUUGUUGUCGUUAUGUCUUCACUCCCAUUAAACCACUAGUGUGGAGGCUACUUCGAUAGGCUAUAGUCUAAAGGCUACACAUAUCAAUCCUGGUUAUAACAUCUGAAAUUCUGAAUCCUGGUAGACAGUGAUGUGGUGGCUGCUGCUCGUUUUGCCUGCCUGUCAUGGUGCACCAUUGCCUGACAAAUUCACCUUGUCUGUUCCUGAUGGCCCACUCUCUGUGUGGAAGGGAUCCUCGAUCAUCCUGCCCUGUUCACUCUCUCCUGCGUUCACUGAAUCACUGCAGGUGCGCUGGCACCGACCCAAUGAGUACAAAACUCCAGUUCUGCUUUAUGAGAAGCAGCAGAUCCAGCAGCAGCUGGCUGACCCUCAGUAUAAGGGCAGGGUGUCCCUGAUAGGGGAGCUGGAGAAGGGGAACGUGUCCCUGAAACUGGAGAACGUCACACUGGCAGACAGUGGAGAAUUUGUCUGUUUUGUUGCUUGGAAUACGUGGUAUGAGCAGGCCAGUGUUCACCUCAUUGUGAAAGUGAUGGGUUCCCCACCGGUCCUUUCAGUCACUGAUGGAGGCAGUGGGCAGGUGAACGUUACCUGUGUGUCAGAUGGUUGGUCUCCUCAGCCUACACUCACCUGGAGAAACCGUGGAGGCUCAGAAAUCUCCAGUCAGAACCAUCACAGUGCACCAGAUGCACAUGGACUUGUCACUGCAACUUCCUGGCUGGUUCACUCCUCCUCUGACUCUGAGUGGAUUGCGUGCUCUGUAGGGCUGUCUGAAGAGGAGAGAAAAGAGAGCAGGGUCUUGCCACACAUUGAUACAGUGGAACUGGAGAGGAUACUGAAGGACAAAGAGGCAGAGAUGGAGAGUCGGAAACAGGAGAGUGAAGGCCCUUGGAAAGAAGUCUUCAUUAGUUUUCUUGUUCUAGUGCUACUGCUACUGUCCUGUGCUGCUACGGUAUUUGUCUUGAACAGAAAAGGUCUCAUAAAAUCUAAAGACUCAAAGGAUGGAGCAGCAGAGUCUCAUCAGUACCCAUUGCAAGCCAGUAAGGAGGAGACAGAGAGCCUACUGAAGAAACAGAGUGAGGAGGUGAAGACUCUGAAAAGGAUUACAGAGCUGCCGAAUCAACUGGAUGAGAGUAAGAGAGAAGUGGACACUCUGAAAGAGAAGAUUAGAGCUGAAGAAGAUAUCAGAAAACCUCUGGAGGGAGAAGUGAUAGGUGCCGAGAACCUCCAGGAAGAGAAGCAGAACCUGAAGCAGCAAAAUGAAGCUGGAGAAGAUAUCAGAAAACCUCUGGAGGGAAAAGUGAAAGGUGCCGAGAACCUCCAAGAAGAGAAUCAGAGCCUGAAGCAGCAAAAUGAAGAGCUGCAGAAUCAACUGGAUGAGAGUAAGAGAGAAGUGGACACUCUGAAAGAGAAGAUUAAAGUGGAACUGGAGAGGAUGCUGAGGGACAAAGAGGCAGAGAUGGAGAGUCUGAAACAGAAGAGUGAAGCACAAGUUAAAGAGUUGGAAGAAAGACUGACUGAAAGAUUGAAGCAAGAAAGCGCAGUGGAACUGGAGAGGAUGCUGAGGGACAAAGAGGCAGAGAUGGAGAGUCUGAAACAGAAGAGUGGAGCACAAGUUAAAGAGUUGGAAGAAAGACUGAAGCAAGAGAGCCCAGCACAAGUUAAAGAGUUGGAAGAAAGACUGACAGCCAGCGGAGCAGUGAUUGAAAAAUUAAAGCAAGAAAGCGCAGUGGAACUGGAGAGGAUACUGAGGGACAAAGAGGCAGAGAUAGAGAGUCUGAAACAGAAGAGUGAAGCACAAGUGAAGGAUUUGGAAGAAAGACUGACAGCCAGCGGAGCAGUGAUUGAAAGAUUGAAGCAAGAAAGCGCAGAUGCCUUCCCUCAGAAUCAUGCACUAGUACUACUUACCAGGGACAGAUUGAAAGAGAUUAAGGAAAGCCCCACCUUGGAUGAAACCAGUACACGAGGCAUAGUACGCAUAACUCAGCAGGGAAAAAGAGUGCAGUGCCCUAAACCAAACAGUAAUCCACCACAUUACGUUAUUUGUAAAGACACAUUCAGUUCAGGACAACACUACUGGGAAGUGAGGGUAGAAAAGAAAGAAUCCUGGUUUGUAGGGGUUUGUAGUGACUCACUGAGAGGACAGAGUGGAGUGGAUUUUACUCUUCAGAAUGGCUGCUGGCUUCUCUGUUAUGACAAAGACCAAGGUCUCUAUGUUAACACUGAUCCGAUAACUCCAGUCCAGGGGACUAUUUUGUUGAAAACACUAGGAGUGUUUUUAGACUAUAGUGGGCAUUCUUUGGCCUUUUAUGAUGCUGAGUCACAUGAAUGCC